AUGUUCACGGCAUUGUUUGGUAAGAGAAGAUCUUCCCCAGUAGAAGAUAAUCCACCCAUUCCCGGACCAAAACCUGACGACGGUUUCGUUGUGGUAGAUCCUGCUGUUACUGGAGGGUUAUAUCCCAACAUCGGUGGAUCGACGUAUCCUCAAAGACGAGCACCUCCAGUCCCAGUGCCUCCACACAAACAGAGUAUAUGUGACCCGACAUUCCACUAUUUGCAAGGAGUGCCGUUUUCAUUAGCUCGUGAACUGCAAUUGUCUGCUAAUCAGGAUUCAUUUGCCAUGGAGAUGGGAGAUCUUUUGGCUUUCUUAUCCCAAAAAGUAAACAUAGACUCAUACAGUUACAAUUUUACUGUUGAAAAAAGUGUCUUGAAAGAGUGUUAA